GGUUGUAACAAACGAGUUCAGUAUUACAACUGUCCAAGCCCAGGUCAUGGGCCAUUCAGGAUAACAAUUCUCGGCAGCUGAGCUACUGUGUGUGUACGGACCUGCGUUUCAUACGUAUUUUCCAGUUUUGCUUCUUCGAGCAAUACCAUUUAUACGAACAACUCUAAGCCUAGAAGUACAACUGUAGCCAUGUCUCUGUUGGUCUUUUUCUUUAUUUUACUGUGGCAUGAGACAGUGAACUGGGGGAUGAAAGAUGGAGUUCUGCACAAUUCAAUUUGGUUAGAACAAGCCGCUGGUGUUUAUCACCGAGAAUCACGCAAAGGAAGAUACCAGCUUACUUUGAGAGACGCUAAAGUGCUUUGCAACCAUGAAGGUGGCAACCUUGCAACGUACAAUCAGUUAAUGGCAGCCCAGAAAAUAGGGUUUCACGUGUGUGCAGCUGGAUGGCUUGCUCGAGGAAAGGUCGGUUACCCAAUAGUAAAACCUGGACCCAACUGCGGACAUGGAAAAACUGGUAUCAUUGACUAUGGAUAUCGAGUUAACAAAAGUGAACAAUGGGAUGCUUACUGCUACAAUCCAAAUGCAAAACAAUGUGGUGGUGUUCUAACAAAUCCAGAGCGUAUUAUCACUUCUCCAGACUACCCAAAUGAAUAUGAACAUCAACAGAUCUGCUACUGGCACAUCCGAAUAAAAUACAAGCAACGUGUUCAUAUACGUUUUCUGGAAUUUGAUGUAGAAGAUGACCCUUCCUGCUUGUCUGACUACCUUGAAAUAUAUGAUGGUUACGAUGACGUGCUGGGCUUUGUUGGCAGAUUUUGUGGAGAUCAGUUACCAGAGGAUAUCAUUAGUACAGGCAAUGUUAUGACUUUGAAGUUCUUGUCAGAUUCAUCAGUUUCAGCAAAAGGUUUUGUUCUUUUGUAUCAAGCCAUCAAUUCACCAACUCAUUUUUCAGACCCUGAUUCAAAAAACAGUACGAGGCAAUGAAAUCACAAGGAUGCCCAGAUAUCUAAUCAGACCUGCUGUUCAAAUAAUUGAAUUACUCGUCUCAUCACAGAACAAGAUUAAGCUUGGAAUCUCUUAGUUUUACUCUUAAUGUUACUUGGCAGUUUAGAAUAAAUUAAUCUAACAGAAACAUGGUUUUUCAAUAAUAGCAUUCCAUUUAACAUUUACACGGCUUUAAAACUGCAACAUGAUAUUUAAAAAUAAUUAUCAACAACAUAGCAGUUCACAUGUGCUUAGGCUACCACCUCUUUUGAGAAAACACAUUGUAGAAGAGUUUAAUUCUGUAUGUGUCUGAUAUUCCGUUAGUUUACAAUAUCUGUUUAAUAUAACAUUUAUUAAUAAACGAGCAGUUAUCCUCAAAAUACCACCCAGACCUGAAUGCAAGAAAAUCAGGUAUUAUUCUUUCUGUUAAUGGCUUCUUCCUGUUUUUACUAUGUGUUAUUAUGUACUUUACAAUGUGAUAUGAAAUAAUCUAAUCAUCAAAUUGAUAUAAAUGUAUCUAUAUUUUUUCCACGGUGUGCUCAUAUACUACGUGCAUGUUUUACUUUGAGAAAUUCACUGUCAAUAAAGUGUUCCACCUAAAAAAAA